UCCGCUGGCCGAGACCUUUCUCGUGCUGGCCCGCUGGGCGCGCGGCUGGCUGGGACUUUUCUCGCGCUGCUCCGCUGGGCGUUCUGCUAUGGCGCGGAAGUCGAAUCUGCCUUUGCGUCUCCUUCCGUUGGUGCUGGGCAUCGCCUUGGCGCAGGGCUCCAGCCUCCUGCCCCUGGUCCUCAACACUUGGCCUUUUACGAAUGCAACGGCUGAAGCAUGGCGGACAUUAGAGUCUGGAGGUUCUGCCCUGGAUGCGGUUGAGAAUGGCUGUGCUGUGUGUGAGAGGGAGCAGUGCGAUGGCACAGUAGGCUAUGGAGGAAGUCCCGAUGAACUUGGGGAAACCACCCUGGAUGCCAUGAUCAUGGAUGGCACUGCUAUGGAUGUGGGAGCAGUAGGAGACCUCAGAAGAAUUAAAAAUGCAAUUGGCGUGGCUCGGAAAGUCCUGGAGCAUACAACACAUACGCUUUUAGUAGGGGAGUCAGCCACCAAGUUUGCUGAAAGCAUGGGAUUUACCAAUGAGAAUUUAUCUACCAGUGCCUCAAAAGCUCUUCAUUCAGACUGGCUUGCUCAGAACUGCCAGCCAAAUUAUUGGAGAAAAGUUAUACCAGAUCCUUCAAAAUACUGUGGACCCUACAAACCAUCUGGUGUCUUAGAGAAGGGCAGUCCUGUUGAAAAAAAAGUGGACAUCCAUGGUCAUGAUACUAUUGGCAUGGUUGUAAUCCAUAAGACGGGACAUAUCGCUGCGGGCACAUCUACAAAUGGUUUAAAAUUCAAAAUACCUGGUCGUGUAGGAGACUCACCAGUACCUGGAGCCGGGGCCUAUGCUGAUGACACUGCUGGGGCAGCUGCAGCCACGGGGGACGGCGACAUACUACUGCGCUUCCUGCCUAGCUACCAAGCUGUAGAAUAUAUGAGAAGAGGAGACGACCCAUCCACAGCUUGCCAGAGAGUGAUUUUAAGAAUUCAGAAUUAUUAUCCGGAAUUCUUUGGGGCUGUGAUAUGUGCCAAUGUGACAGGAAGUUUUGCCAUGGUAUAAGCUACUCCCGCCGAAUCCUUUCCACGAACCAUUGCCAGCUCCACAUUCCUGCGUGUGGUAGUUUUGCUCUUGCUUCCUCUGAUCUGCUACAAGCGGCUAAGUAGUUCUGGAAAUACAUUUUGAGUGAAUUUGGAGUGUGAGACCUUCCCCGAUUUUUUUGUAUUUUGUCAAGCAUGGCAACAUGCUGAUUGCUGCUCCCAACUGCUUGUGUCCUUGAAAACUAUAAUGAGCAGACAUCCAUGACAGUACCCAGUGGAAAUAAAUUAUUAAUCAGUAUAGACUAUCCUAACUAAUAUAUAAAAUACACCAAUCAGGUAAAGAGUUUUGCGAACACUUCUAAAAUAAUAUGAUUAUUUAAAAACCUCAAAAUUAAUUUCUUUUCCUGCUUAGACAAAGAUAACCAGGAAGAUGGUGAUAAAAUAUUCAUUCUAAGAAUGUUUUUUAAGUGUUGCCGGUAGUUCCAGAUGAUGUUUUCCUAAGGAAUCUCUCCUAUUUUUUUUUUUUUUUGAAAGAAGCCUAUACACCUGUAUUUAGUGAUUCCUGACGAUGCAGGGGGAAAAAAGCAUUCACACCAGCAUGGUACUGCCGUGUAUUCAGGAACUGUUUUCAAGGAUGUUCCUGGAGCAGAAAUCUUACAAGACUGAGAAGUCGCCCCCCGCGAGAGGGCACAUUUGUUUGUGUCUAAUACUGUUCUGUUUCUCUGUGAAGAAAACGGCAGGUGGCUUUGUUUGCAGCCCCUAAUAAAAGACUGAGAUUUCUCAAGACCAUGUGUCAUGCCCACGUUGUAGACUCUUUCUGGAAUGAACACUCGGACACCAGGGAAAGGAGGUGCCACGGGUGGAUCAAAGCCAGGCUAGCUCCCAAAGGCACUCCAUCCCUGGUCCUGUUUGUCUCUCAUUUGAUCCUCUAAAACCAUGGGGUGGGACGAGCAAGCAAGCUCUUUGUCUCGGACAUGCCUUCUAUUCUGUCUUCCAGCUUUGAUGACAGUGUGACACGCUAAUUGUUUGCAGGUGAGAUUGUUAGUUUUGAGUUGAGCCAGGAGAUGAUGAAAAUAGCCCUUAUUUAGGACGCCCAUCUAAAUCAUCUAAAUGGUAACUAAACAAAAUAUUCAGAUGGUGACUAAUGCAAGUUUUAACAGGUGACACAGAAUACUUCACACAAAAUAUUAAAUAUUUCAUGAAGUUCACAUUUCCUCCUGUUUCAAAGUAUUCUUAGGAGACCUUGACUUAUUGUAUUGUCUUUAAUUAAAAAUAGACAUUUGUACUAUAUUUACAAAAAUAUCUAUCUUCAAGAUCAACAAUCAAGUGAUUUCUUUUGACUUUAGACGGUAAAUGAUAGGUACAGUGUAUUUUAGUUGAUAUUUCGUACCCAGGCAAUAUAUCUUCAAAGCCCAUAAUUUUAAAUUAUUGAACAUUUCUUUCAAAUAUCAUGAGUCCUGAUGUUCUGUGGUUGAAUAUAACCCCAAGAACAAGAAAGUUAAUCUAGGGCCAUUAAUAGUACAAUUAAAAUUGUACAAUUCAAGCUUAUUUGAAUAUAUCUAUUGCUGACAUACAUCUUCAUUGGAAAGCAAUUCUGAAAAGAAAUUAAUGUAUUUUUGUCAUUUUUUUCUGGUCAAUUCUUGGUUAAGAUCCCAGGCUUUUGGUUUGUUUUCUUGAUUAUUAAACUUGUCACAUAUUAUGCAGUAGGUUUUCAACUCUCUUACACAAUUAAAAGAUGAGUUGAUGGUCUACAGAGCUAGUUCCAGGACAGGCUCCAAAGCCACAGAGAAACCCUGUCUCGAAAAACCAAAAAAAAAAAAAAAAAAAAAAAGAAAAAAAGAUGAGUUGAUGAGGUCCUCAAAAUUGUGCUGAAUAAGUGUUCCGUGAUUUCUGUUUUAUUAUAUAACCUAGGGUCAGCCAGUUUUAGAAAAAGAAAGUCAUAUUUUACUACUGAGGAAAUCACAUCUACUUAAAGGAUAAAAAAUGACCACACUCAGCGUGGAUAUAAUGGAAGUCGGAGCUGCUGUGUCCAACCUAUUUGCCUCUGAGUUAAGGGGAGGAAAGUUAUUUAUGGUUCCAGUGCACGGAUACUGCAUUAAGAAUUGGUCAUUUGAUUUAAACUUGUGACCUUUCCGAGUGGCGCAUUAGAUGUGUUUGCUCAUUUAUUUUCUCUAAUUAAAAUCUUAUUUCUAUAAUGUGAAUGGUGACAUAUAAUAUUUUUAAGAAAAUCAGAAUCUUAGAAAUAAUAGAGGUAAACAAAGUUAUUCUAAUUGCUUAUAAUCGAUCUCAUUUCUUUCUGACUUGUGUAAAACCCUUGAGCACCAUGAAUGUCAAAAUACUUCUUUCCAUUUCUAAAUAAAACCGACAUUUCUCAUCUUUUUUUGUU